AAUAUGUAAUUAAAAUAAUAAUUGUAUUCAAAUUUAAUUAAUGUAAAUGUAAUUAAAUCUCAAAAAAAAUUUCAUGUAAUUGUGUUCAAUUAAAAUUUAAGUUUCUAUUUAAGUUCAAAUUUACAAUUUCACUUAAGUAGCGAUCGAGAAUUGGUUACGUUCGUUCCACUGAUCGAUCAAUCACGGGAUUUUUGUUUUCUGUACAUCAAUGGGGUGACUUGUAGAAAUAUUUACUCCUGAACCCGGGACCAAAAGGGAAUUUUUACCACAACUAAAAUUUUAACUCCGAUUCAUAAAAGACAAAAUUAUUUUACAAACUUUGGCUAUAAUUUUAUUUAUACUACAUUAAUAGCAACAUAAAUUAAUUAAAAAUUUUACUCCAAGAUUUUAUUAAAAUUUAAAUACAAACCUACAGCAACGUCCAAAUUUUACCAUCCAAACAACCCACCAAUAUACAAUAUAUAAUAACUAUCUCAUCUACAAAAAGUCUGUGUAGUACUUAAUACAAUUAUUACUAAACCAAGGAAAAAAAUUAAUAACCUAUAAGAUCUACAAAAAAAGUUAUUAAAAUUAAUAAACAAAAGAACAAUCACCGAUGACCAACACGGUCGCUUUAACAGAGAGUGUGGCCGCUACCAUUUGCUACGGCAUAGCCCAAGUACCAGUAUUCUCAGCUAAAGUUGUAGCUCUUCCACGCAACGAGCUCAUCAAUAUCCACGUAGCACAUUCAUACGCUGCACGCGCUGAUCUUAAUUAUUAUCUAAAAUAAUAUAUUUUUGGAUAAUAUAAGUUUGGCUAAUAUAUAAAAUAACUAUAAAGAGCGAUUUGACUGGCUUAGUGCAUAGUGCCAGGAUAUAUAUUUUGUUUUUUUCUCUGAGUAUUCGUGAAAAGCUUCAAAACGGCCGGAACAAUAUUGAAAGUUGUUGGCGCAUCAUGGCAGAAGACUCGAAUAGGGACUUACAUCCUUAUUGGUGCUGGUCUGCUUGUGAUUGGCGCAUUCUUCAUAAGUGAUAUGGAAAGUCCACAAUACGAUGGCACAUAUUGUGCCACAGCAUUUUGGACGAGUAAGGUGGGCUUUCAAAUCGAAUACUGGAAACAACAAAAUGAUCUUCUCAACAUUCCACAAGGUGUAGCUAGAAUUUGUUAUAAGGAUUCAAUAUUUGAAAAUGGUUGGGCACAACUUGAAGUGGAAACCCAACGUUCAUAUCCCGACUGGGUACAAGCGUAUGCUGCUGGUAUACUUGAAGGUUCACUGACAUGGAACAAUAUCUACAAUCAAUGGCGCAACACAAUUCAAUCAUCAUGUGAUCGGGAUGAAGACUCUCAAAACUUUUGUACGUGGUUACGCGAUCUUACCUCGGCAAACUUUGUAAAGCAAAAAGAACUUGCUUCUAAGCUUGGAGAGAAUGACCACUAUUGGCAUCAAAUUAGUUUGUACUUCAAUCAAUUGGAGGGUAUAGAAACCGGUUACGCAAAUGGUGCGAAGCGAGCACGUUCAGAUCUCGAAGAAGAAAUUCCACUCUCCGAUAUUCUAUUAAUGAACUCUGCAGCCGAUAUACAAGACCUUAAAAUUUAUUAUGAAAAUUUUGUAUUACCGAAACAAAAUGCAACUCAAUCAACUGAUACUUUGGAAGUAACUAAAAAUUUCUUUCUUCCAAGUGCAACAAUGCUAACAAAAAUUUUUCAAACCGAUGAUUCGCCUGCCCUAAAACUAUUGUUUGGUCACAGCACAGCCGGCAGUUAUGCCUCUAUGCUGAGAAUACAGAAACGUUAUAAAUUUCGUUAUCAUUUCACUCCUAAUCAGCGCACAAAUACUGUGCCAGGUGUUGACAUAACAUUUACUGGCUAUCCUGGCAUAUUGGGCUCAACAGAUGACUUCUAUGUAGUGAAGGGAAGGCAAGUACAAGCUAUUGUUGCUGGUGUUGGUAUUAAGAAUGAAAAUAUCAAACUUUGGCAAGCAGUCGAUAUAACUCAAUCUCUGCCACUGGCUGCACGUGUUAUGGCCGCAAACCGUUUAGCACAACAUCGUCGUAGCUGGGCUAAAGCUAUGUCAAAACAUCCAAUUACUGGUUCCAAACAAUGGGUCACUGUUGACCUUAACAAACUUAAUCCAGAGACUGAUUUGUAUACAAAAUUGUCAGAAGAUGAUAAACAUGAUGAUGCUGCACUGACGGUUAACGCUGCUGAUGAAGCUGCUAUUUUGGAGCGACAUAACAAAAACCGUGGUUUGAUUUGGAUUGCUGAACAGUUGCCAGGAGUAAUGCAUAUGAAAGAUGUUACUGAGAAUUUUAUUUAUGAUAAUAACACAACCUGGUUUGCAAAUGGUGUGCCUUAUUUUGAAGACAUACUCGAGGCUAGUGGUGUAUCACCUGAGAAUUUCAGUUUUGAUGUUACUCCCGCUGAUAAUGCUGAACUAACAAAUCUUGAGGCUGUAGAUAAAUAUUUACGCAAAAAUGGCUUUCGUGGCGAUUUACUUGAUGAAGAAUCGGUUGCUUAUGGUAACAUUGAUCUUAAAUUGUUUUCAUAUAAUGCGAGGCUCGGCAUGAGUGAUUAUCAUGCUUUUGCUGGUCCAAUAUUUUUACGUGUGCAACGUACGCAAUCAAAUGAUGUAGCUGAUAAUACUGCAGUGAGAGUUCAGGAACAAAGUGAUGUGACAUCAUCUUUGAAGGAUGAUCGUUUAAGUGUUAGUAUAGAAGACGCGUCCGAAUUGGCUGAAUUGGAAAUGAUAACUGAAAAAAGAUCAGUGCGAAAUGAUAUGCAAGCCAUUGCUAUGCAGCGGAUUGGAAAUGGACCUUUUAAAUGGUCAGAUAUGUCGUCUAAAUUAAGUAUUGAACAUGAAGGUCAUCCGAAUGAGUGGAAUUUCGAGAAAGUGUCGCCGAAAUGGGCAUGGUAGUAGGCUUGAGUGAAAAUGAACUAUUGUCCAAAUUUCUUUUUAGAAGUUUUAGUUUUUCUUAAAUAUUUUUUAAAAUUUUUUUACUAUUUGUACAUCACUUUUAA